AUGGAAAAGUAUAUCAAAAUGAAAGAUUUCAAGGUUUGGAGAUGUGUAUUGAAAGGACCUAUCAGAAUCACCACAACACUUGAAAAUGGAACAAUCGUUGACAAGGAGUUUGAAGAGUACAACAAUGAAGAAUUUGAUAAAAUUGAACAGCAAGAGAAAGCACUUGUGACACUCACUAUGACCCUAUCACCAGAGAUUGCUAAGGGUUUCCGAGAAUAUACUUCUACAAAAGAUCUAUGGGAGGCACUGAUCGAGGUCUAUGAAGGAAACGAGGACAUGAAGCAAAGUCGCCAGGAUAUGCUCAGGCAAAAGUUUAAUAUGUUCAAUCAUGUUCUGGGUGAAACAUUAGAAACUCAAUUGCAUAGGUUCAUCACUCUUACAACUGAGAUGAGCUUGGCAGAUAUCUGA